AUGGCAGACAUCAUUCGUGAUGCCCCCAUCGGGCAGAUCCUGCGCUUCGUUUCUAGGAACCGCCUGCUCCAGUACCCUGAUGAAAAGGCAGACUUCCAACUUCCUCCGCAAUGGGCAAGUCUGAUCGAUAACUUGGACUCAUCCCCUCCCAGAACAGACGACUCCACGGGAGCCAUACAAGAAGGUAGUAACGGCAGCAGCGAUGUUGAAGCCGGCCAACUACAGCGUUGUCAAUCAGCCAAUACGAAUGGUAACAGCAGCGAUGCCAGCUGUAUCCCUAUUACCCCUACAGUCACGAAAGACGGUGUUAUCCUUGUCGACUGGUACAAUUCCAACGACCCCGAAAACCCGCACAACUGGUCCAGAGGCAAGCGUGCUGCCAUCGCGGCUAUAAUCUGCAUUUAUACCUUUGUGGUCUAUACCUCCUCUGCCAUCUAUACUGCUUCAGAAGAGGGCGUUAUGCAGGCUUUUGGUGUCAGCAGGAUCAAGGCCACCCUAGGUCUAGCCCUGUACGUGCUUGGGUAUGGCGUUGGGCCCCUUAUCUUUUCUCCCUUGAGUGAGAUCCCAAUCAUUGGGAGGAGCCCUGUCUAUGCCGUGACGAUGUUGCUAUUCGUCAUCAUCUCUAUUCCUACGGCCUUUGCGCCCAAUUACCCCGGACUCAUGGUCCUGCGUUUCUUACAGGGAUUCUUUGGGUCACCAUGCCUGGCGUCCGGUGGUGCAUCGCUGGGGGAUAUCUAUAGCUUCAUGGCAAUGCCUUUUGCGUUGACGGCCUGGGUAGCUGCAGCAUAUUGUGGACCGGCACUGGGACCACUUCUCAGCGGCUUCUCCGUCCCAGCCGUUUCGUGGCGAUGGUCCCUCUUCGAAUCAAUAUGGGCAUCUGCCCCAGUCUUCCUGGUUAUGCUUGUUUCUCUUCCCGAGACCAGCACCCCGAAUAUCCUACUGCAUCGUGCCCGCCGUCUCAGGAAGCUCACGGGCGACCAGCGUCUUGUCUCGAAGAGCGAGAUUGACCAGCAGGACAUGAAACCGUCGAGCAUAAUGGUUGACGCGUUCAUCAAGCCGCUGGAAAUCACCAUCAAGGACCCGGCAGUGCUCUUCGUGCAGGUAUACACGGCCAUUAUCUACGGCAUCUAUUACAUGUUCUUCGAGGCAUUCCCUCUCGUCUACCCAGUCUACUACCACAUGAACCUAGGCCAGGUGGGCCUCGUCUUCCUGUGCAUCCUAGUAGCCUGCCUGCUCGCCGUAUUCUCCUACUGCGUCUACAUCUAUGCCGUUGUGAAUCCACGCACCCUCAAGUCCGGCAUGGGCCCUAACGAAGACCGCCUGAUCCCGGCGCUGGCCGUGUCCGUAUUCCCAACCAUCGGCCUCUUCCUCUUCGCAUUUACAUCCCGCUCCGAUAUCCACUGGAUCGUGCCUACAAUCGGCAUCACAAUCUACGCCGGUACCUGCUUCAUCAUCAUGCAGUGCAUCUUUGUGUAUAUCCCGCUCAGCUACCCGCCGUACGCAGCGAGUCUGUUCGCGGCGAAUGAUUUCUUCCGCAGUGCGUUUGCCUGCGGGGCUGUGGUGUUUUCGCAGCCGAUGUUUGCGAAUUUGGGGAUUGCGAGGGGAGUUAGUCUGCUUGGGGGGUUGAGUGGGAUUGGGAUUAUUGGGAUUUGGCUGUUGUAUUUCUUUGGAGCGAUGCUGCGUGCCAGGAGUCGGUUUGCUGUGAGUGGGUAG